GACAAGCAAGAGAAUGAAUGAAGGAUUCGUUUACGGAAGUGUCUGCUAUUCCCAUGAUUUCAGUAAAAGCCUCACACCCUCCAAAAUGAGUAAAUCAAGAACCUCGAAGAAAGAGAAAAUAAGCGUGGCAAGCGAAAUUGACCGUAUUGAAGAGCGCAAAUUACACUGUAAAAACAACCUGGAGAGGGCAGAAUUCAGACAGAGAAAAGAGCAGCUCUCAGACAACGACAGACUGGCCCUGGAAGAUGAGAUGACCAUAUUGAAUGAAAGAAUACAGAAAUAUGAAAAGGAGCUGCAGGUGCUGAGAGGAGAGAACAGGAAGAACAUGAUGCUGUCCGUCGCUCUGUUAGCAAUCAGUGCUCUUUUCUACUACACAUUUAUAUAUUAAGAGGUAUUUUUCUCCCAUGCCAAACACGGUCAGAGAAUGAGAUUUGGUGAGUCUGAUAUCCAUUCAUACCUAUCAGUGCUCAUCAUUUGGCAACACUGGUUUGUUCAGAGGUUGUGAAGUUGUCAGUGCCAUUUUAGCUGAAAAUACAUUAUACCAUCUUCACCUUGACCUCAACGUCUUGGAUUGCCUCAACUCUACAGUUUGUUUGCCGUGUAACAAAGAGACACUAGAUGCUUGUGCAUCAGAGAGACACGGAAUUGGGAUUAUGUAUGUUUAUAUGGUCCUCAUUGUGAAACACUUUACCCAAUAAUGACUAAAUGAUGUUUCUCUCCAGAUCACUGUUUAUUGCAUUUCAACAGGACUAACAUGCACAAAGGUGGGAGGGGCAGAGGGUGUUAUUCCAUCCAAAAAUAAAAUUUAUCAACAAAAUGUUCAGUUGAAAUAAAAAACAGCCAUCAAUAAAAUGCAAUACUGUCCCAUGAAACUGCCGUUUGUCCCUUUGAUAUCCUUGAUACUUGUAGCAAAUAGAAUUGGUAACACACUCACUUGCAAUACAACAAAACACUAGGCAGCCAGGUAUAUUCAGUCCUAUUUUAAAGAAAUAGUUAAUUGAAAAAUAAAAAUUUGCUCACUUACCCUGGGGCCAUCAAAUAUGUAGAUGGGUUUGUUUCUUCAUCAGAACGGAUUUGGAGAAAUGUAGCAUUACUUUACUUGCUCACCAAUAGAUCCUGUGCAGUGAAUGGGUGCCGUCAGAAUGAGAGUCCAAACAGCUGAUAAAAACAUCACAAUAAUCCACACCACUCCAGUACAUGAUUUUUUUUCUUGUGGAAUGAAAAGCUGCAUGUUUAUAAGAAAAAAAAAUCCACGAUUAAGGCAUUUUAACUUUAAAACAUUGCUUAAAGCCAAAAUAUGAGUCCAUCAUUCAUAAUAACGCUUCCUCCAGUGACAAGGUCCAUCUUCUGUUCUCCUCUCAAACAAACAUAUUGUGUUUCAUAUGUGCAUAUUUCUCUCCUGAUUCAGAUGAGAUGGCUUUCUCUGGAGAAAGCAGUUUUAUAGAUGGAAGACUAAUAUUUUAGCCAAAAGCAACAUUUUGAAGUUAAAACCGUCUUAAUUAUGGAUUUGUUCCUUACAAACACGCAGGUUUU